AUGGCCGAGGUGACCACUGUCCCCAUGGAGACACACACCGUCCCAAGCGAGUACAGGGACUACCACAACUUGUCUGAGCUGUUCUACCUCCUGAACCACACCUACACCUACUGCGAGUUUAGCCUGGAUGAGAACGUCAAGCGCGUGAUUCUCUUCAUCCUCUACCUGGUCAUCUUCGUGGUGGGCUUGGUGGAGAACCUCCUCGUCAUCUGGGUCAACUGGCAGACACGGGGCAACAAGAGCUUGGUCAACCUGUACAUCAUCAACAUGGCCAUCGCUGACCUCGGGGUGCUGCUCUCACUGCCCAUCUGGAUGCUGGAGAUGACGCUGGAUUACACCUGGCUCUGGGGCAGCUUCCUCUGCCGCUUCACCCACUACUUCUACUUUGCCAAUAUGUACGCCAGCAUCUUCUUCCUCACCUGCCUGAGCGUGGAUCGCUACGUGACCCUGACCAGCUCCUCCCUCUUCUGGCACCGGCACCAGCACCGCGCGCGCCGCGUGGUCUGUGCCUGUAACUGGCUCCUGGCCGCCACCAUCCCCAUCCUGGAGGUGGCUCACAUGCAGCUGGUCAACACUGGGGAGCCCAUCUGCAUCUUCAUGGCCCCCUUUGAGACCUAUGACGAGUGGGCGCUGGCGGUCAGCUUGGUCACCACCACCAUCGGCUUCCUCAUCCCCUUCCCCAUCAUCGUGGUAUUCAACGUGCUGACGGCGCAGUUCAUCCGGCGCACCAAGCCGGAGAGCCGCAAGCACUGCCUGCUCAUCUACGCCUACAUCGGGGUGUUCCUGGUCAGCUGGCUGCCCUUCCACGUCGUGCUGACACUGCUCACCCUUGAGGGCAACCACAUUGUCCUGCACUGCACCUUCGCCCACUUCCUCUACUUCUUCUAUGACAUCAUGGACUGCUUCACGCUGCUCCACUGCGUCAUCAACCCCAUCCUCUACAACUUCCUCAGCAAGAACUUCCGCAGCAAACUCAUCUCCGCCGUGGUCAAGUACAUCCCAAAGGACCACGGUGGCCAGAAGGGCACCGGCAACUCCUCCUCCAGCACACAGCACUCCAUAGUCAUCGCAAAGGACAACAGCCCUCCCAACUAA